UCCUUUUCACAUUCCAUGUCAGAGCUUUUCAGGAGAGAUCCCUCACUAGGCUCUGGGUCUUUUCUGCCUUCUUGCCCCAGUUUUCUGCUCCUUGGAGCAUCCUUGCCUGCCUCUUCUGUACAGUUUGAUCCCAUCUUUUGUUUGCGGGCUUUGUGUUGCAUUGCACCCACUCUCCAUCAGUGCUGGACAGCUCCUCAGACGUAGCUCUGCACUGUGCUGUCAUUAGCUGCCUUGUCUGUGGAAAUGAUGAAGCUUCUGGGGCACAAGAUAGAGCUAUGGGCAGGUUUGCUUCUACCCGAGGUCAGUUUGUCUGGGAUGAGUGAACUACGAUUCCCAGAAGAGAAACCUCUACUCAGAGGACAGGAUACUGAGAUGGAGUCAGCUGAUACCUUUCUGUCUGCCACCGACACUGAUUGGAAAGAGCAUGACAUCGAGACCCCCUAUGGGAUGUUACAUGUUGUUAUCCGAGGAACCCCCAAAGGAAAUCGUCCUGUAAUCUUGACAUACCACGAUGUAGGUCUGAAUCACAAACUUUGCUUCAACACUUUCUUCAACUACGAGGACAUGCAAGAAAUAACAAAACACUUUGUGGUCUGUCACGUGGAUGCCCCUGGCCAGCAGAUUGGGGCCUCUCAGUUCCCGCAAGGUUACCAGUAUCCCACCAUGGAGAAUUUAGCCGGGAUGUUACCGAGCAUCAUGCAACACUUCGGGUUUCAGAGUGUUAUCGGUAUUGGAGUGGGGGCUGGUGCCUACGUUUUGGCUAAAUUUGCUCUGAUUUUCCCUGAGUUAGUGGAAGGUUUGGUUCUGAUCAAUAUUGAUCCCAAUGGAAAAGGCUGGAUUGACUGGGCCGCGUCCAAGUUGUCUGGACUCACCAGCUCCCUGCCUGACACUGUCCUAACUCAUCUCUUCAGCCAGGAGGAGCUGAUGAAUAACACUGAACUCGUGCAGAAUUACCGUCAGCAGAUCGGCAGCUGUGUUAACCAGAGCAACCUGCAACUCUUCUGGAAUAUGUACAACAGUCGAAGAGAUCUCGAAAUUAACCGCCCUGGAACCGUCCCAAAUGCUAAGACUUUACGUGCUCCAGUGAUGCUGGUUGUCGGAGAUAAUGCUCCGGCUGAGGACAGCGUGGUUGAAUGUAACUCCAAACUGGACCCAACGAACACAACGUUCCUCAAGAUGGCGGACAGCGGUGGGUUACCACAGGUCACACAGCCUGGAAAACUGACAGAAGCAUUUAAAUAUUUCCUCCAAGGCAUGGGAUACAUUGCCUCCCUGAAGGAUCGGAGACAGAGUGCGAGUGCAGGAGCAGUGCCAUCAGCCAGCAUGACUCGCCUUGCCCGAUCACGUACCGCGUCUCUCACCAGUGCCAGUUCUGUGGAUGGAACUCGCCCCAGACCUUGCACCCAGUCAGAAAGCAGCGAGGGCAUCGGGCAGAUAAAUCACACCAUGGAAGUGUCCUGCUGAAUGCCUGCCGACCCAUGUACCAGUCACCCCUGCCUCCCACCCUUUCAUUCCCCACUUCUUUACUGGUUUUGCUUACUGUUUCCCAUCCCCCGCAGCCCCCUUUAAUUCGCGCCUGGCGUUUUUUUUUGGGGAUUCUACUCUAACAACGACUGCGGUUCACCUUCCAUCUGGUCCAGUGUUUUAGGGCCCAUUCCUGUGAGAUGUCAGCCAGGGGAUAGUGGGAGAUUAGGGGUGCGGUAAUGGCCAGCAGUCCCUGCCAGCAAGGUAUGUCAUGGUCUACCAAUGGCUGAUAGGACAGUAGAUUGUUUACGUUAUGUUUAUCUCUAGUGAACUGGGCCAACUUGGCAGGAAUCAGUCUGGACAAUGGGAGGACACAGUUCUUGCUGAUGAAGAUUAGCUUUCACUUGAUGAAAUAUAGAGGUGAUCUAUUACAAGCAGUGGUAGUUGGAGGUAGUCUCAUGACACGGUUGACCUGGAGUUUUUUUUAUUUAUAAAGCACCAACGUAUUCUAAAGAGCCAUACAACGGGUUCACAAAACAUAUGAACAGGUUUCAAGAGAGAUGUGCGGUUCUUUAUUUGAUCUGCUUGUCUGAUUUGGCGUGAUCUGUUGGUCUCGUGGUAUCAGACAUUGUGCUAGUCUCUGGGAGUGAAAGCCAGGUCCAUGUAGCUCACUGCUGUCUAUGAUUCUAGCCGGUGUGGUGUGGCUUAUGUCUAACUGGCGAUGAAAGUGAUGCUGUCCUGAUGCCACGAGGUUGGAAGGGUUUGUUAUGAAGGCAGUGAAUGUGCCACAGACUUGGUCAGAGCGUAUGGUGCAGAAGGUAGACUGAUGGAUCACAUUGAGGAGUUAGGUCUGUGCCAUGGACAGGAUUCCACAAACCUCAUGUGUCUGAUCUGUAUUCUGUCUGCUCCACUCCCACCUUGGUGUUGCCCCCAAGUGUUCUAUUUCUAGAGUUACCUAUAUACAUAAUCUUCCAUCCCCCUUCUCUCCUUGUGGCUCCAUGCAUUGUGUUCUGUGUGUUUUUUUUAAGGUGGAAUUUAUUGGCUCCUGGUUGUUCUAUCUCCUGUGUGCACAGUGAUUCUGUAACCAUAUAUAAUAUGUAGGAUACUGUUUCGUGUGUACAUUGCAAUGCUUGAUGCUUUUAGUUGCAUUAAAGCUGUCAAUAAAAACUAUACCAUGCUGAGUCGAGAGAAUAUACGCAAAUUCAUGUUGGAAAAUCUGAAUAAAAUACUCAAAUCUG